AUGGAUCAGAGCUAUUGUCCUGCCCAUGGCUUUCAAUUCCAGGACCCUCUCUAGCCACUGACAGCCCACCAGCAGAGCUCAGCCCAUCACUCUGAAUCAGCCACAAGUGGCUGCGAUGGGACGGGAACCAUGAAUGGUGCCACCCCCGGCCCCGCCACAGCUGCCCCAGUCCCGGUGCCGGUCCCGGACUGGCGGCAGUUCUGUGAGCUGCACGCCCAGGCGGCCGCCGUGGACUUCGCUCACAAGUUCUGUCGCUUCCUGCGAGACAACCCGGCCUACGACACGCCCGACGCCGGAGCCUCCUUCUCCCGCCACUUCACCACCAACUUCCUGGACGUGUUUGGAGAGGAAGUGCGCCGCAUGCUGGUGGCCAGGCGUGCUGACGCCAUGGAGUCGGAGCAAGGGGAGACCCCGGCCCUCAAGGCAGCGGCCUACGGCCACUCUCGGAGCUCCGAGGACGUGUCUGCACACACAGCGACCAAGGCCCGGGUACGCAAAGGUUUCUCUCUGCGCAACAUGAGUCUGUGCGUGGUGGACGGCGUGCGUGACAUGUGGCACCGGCGUGCCUCACCGGAGCUGGAUGGUGGCACUGCUCCACGGGCUGCUGAGCCUCCAGCGGAGCCACGUGACAAGUGGAUGCGGCGCCUGCGGCUGACACGGACGCUGGCAGCCAAGGUGGAGCUGGUGGACAUCCAGCGCGAGGGCGCACUGCGCUUCAUGGUGGCUGACGAUGCAGCUGCUGGCCCGGGGGGCACUGCCCAGUGGCAGAAGUGCCGCCUGCUCCUGCGCAGGGCUGUCGCUGGAGAGCGCUUCCGCCUCGAGUUCUUCGUACCACCCAAGGCCUCCAAGCCCAAGGUCAGCAUACCCCUCUCGGCCAUCAUAGAAGUCCGUACCACCAUGCCUCUGGAGAUGCCAGAAAAGGACAAUACAUUCGUGCUCAAGGUGGAGAAUGGGGCCGAGUACAUCCUGGAGACCAUCGACUCGCUGCAGAAGCACUCAUGGGUAGCUGAUAUCCAGGGCUGCGUGGACCCCGGUGACAGUGAGGAAGAUGGUGAGCUCUCCUGUGCCAGAGGAGGCUGUCUAGCCAGCCAAGUGACCUCCUGCAGCUGUGAGCUCCUAACAGAUGCAGAGCUGCCCCGGCCCCCAGAGACAACAGCAGCCAUGGGUGCUGUGGUGACAGCCCCCCACAGCCGAGCUCGAGAUGCUGUCGGAGAGUCCCUGAUCCAUGUCCCACUAGAGACCUUCCUACAGACCCUGGAGUCCCCAGGCGGCAGUGGCAGUGACAGCAAUAACACAGGGGAGGAGGGAGCAGAGCCAGAUCCUGAGGUUGAGCCUGAACCAGAGCUCUCCGACUACCCUUGGUUCCAUGGGACACUGUCCCGGGUCAAAGCAGCACAGUUGGUGCUGGCAGGUGGGCCCCGGAGCCACGGCCUCUUUGUGAUCCGCCAAAGUGAGACUCGGCCAGGGGAGUACGUUCUGACCUUCAACUUCCAGGGCAAGGCCAAGCACCUGCGCCUGUCCCUGAACGGCCAUGGCCAGUGCCAUGUACAGCACCUGUGGUUCCAGUCUGUGCUUGACAUGCUCCGCCACUUCCAUACACACCCCAUCCCACUGGAAUCAGGGGGCUCUGCUGACAUCACCCUGCGUAGCUACGUCCGUGCCCAGGGCCCCCCACCUGAGCCGGGACCCACGCCCAACGCCGCGCCCGCGGCCCCCGCCUGCUGGAGCGAGCCGGCCGGCCAGCACUACUUCGCCAGCCUCGCUGCAGCCGUCUGCCCACCAGCCUCGCCCUCCGACGCUACCGCUGCCUCCUCGUCGUCCGCCUCGUCGUCCUCGGCUGCAUCCGGGCCUGCUCCUCCCCGCCCUGCUGACGGCCCGCUCAGCGCGCGAGGCCGAAGUGACAGCGCGGACCGCCUGCUGGAAGCCGUGGCCGGCGGUCCGGAAGAGUCCCCGGAGGCGGCUGGGGGCCGUGCCCGGGCCGUGGAGAAUCAGUACUCCUUCUACUAGCGCCCGCAGCGCUGGGGGGAGACGCGAAGCUCUUCAGUGAAGACAUGUUAUUAAAG